GUAAUUGUCUGCACCUGUGUCUCACCUGUGUCUCACGUUGUAUGCACGUCUGUAUGUUAAUCCAAGUCAAUGUGUGUUUUCCCCACCUGUUCUCCUCCUGAUUUUCUCCAGUGUCUUUUGGAUCCAGUGUUUUUUGGUUUCCAGUGAGUUUGAGUUUCUUCAGGACUUUGCUCCUUGUGCUUUUGGACUUUUGGAUUUGUUCGGACACUUUCUGGGUAAGUUUUUGUUGGACUUUUCCUUUAGUCCUUUAUUAAUAUGUCAUUGUUUUCGUCUGCAUUUGGGUCCUUUCUUUUUGCUUUGUGUUCCCAACUUGACAGGUACAUUUUUUUCCAGGAUUUAAUAUAAUUUAUUGAUUUUAAAAAGUUUUUCAAGGGUAUAAUCAUCUAUGAAUAAGAAGAGACUCUACUUCUUAUCUUAGACAUAUACAGAGGAAACUGUUUGACAAAAUCAGCAGUAAAUCAAACAGCCGCACUCAUGAAAGCUUUUUGCGUUAGGGUCCGUGUCCACUAGCAGUUUUUUUUUUUUUUUUUGUGGUUAUUUUUAACACAAUACAGAACACAGUUCAGCGUCCUGAGUACAAAGACAUCUAUAGUUUCAGCAAUUUCUGUUGCCCCCAUGAAAAAAAAGAGUUCAACUUUUAGCAUACCACUUAGCCAGUUUUGCUAGUGCCUGAAAUCUUCAACUAUGAUUGGCAUUUUCCUUGUCAGAGGUGACACUUCCUCUAAUCUGCCCCAGUAUUUACCAAACAUAAAAUGUUAUUUUAUUUCCCUUGAACUACGUCUGACAAAAGUGAGGUGGUUUUACAUUUAGGGUAUAGAUUUUAAACAUUAAGACAGAGUACUGCACCGCUCAUCUGUUAAAGGAAGUCAUGACUGAGACCAGAUGUCUCUUUCAGCAACAGUGCCAGGAGGAUAAAGAUGGAGAGACAUGAUGAACUUAACCAACAACAGAAGCUGGGUUCUCCUCCAAAAGUCAAUUACAUCCAAACAGAAUUAAAACUGUAUUUGAUUUUCUAAUAAUAUUAGAGUUAAAAUAGAUGUGGUUGGUGCAGGAAGCCGCUCUAUGUUUGGGUUCAGACUGUAAAUACUAUGGACAACUUGGUUCCGCCUUCCACCUGUAUACAGAUUUGAAGCCAAAAUGCUCUCAGUAUUUCUGCGAUUUUUCUUCAUUUCCUGAAACCAGCAUUGCGCAGUAGCAUUAAAUAAAAUCAAAUAUGAAGUCUACAGAGAUGCUUUUAAACAACUUUCACAACCCGGGAAACAGUAAGUGCUGGUGAGUGGAGCUCUGAAAUUAAGGUCAAGGGCACUGCCACAUAAUAAAGUCAGCUGUGAAAACAGGAGGUGUAUGUGAGAAAGUGUGUGCACAGAGGAAAGAAGUGAGGUUAAAUUUGAGCGAUGAAGGAGCAUGAAAAGAGUGUCACAAAGUAAAAACACCUUUUAGAGGGAAAUGAAUAGAAGCAGAACAAAGCGAGAGAAAGGGUUCAUAAAAAAUAGAAGGACAGGAAAGAGAGAGAGAGAGCACAGAAGGGAAGGAUUAGCGCAGAAGAGAAGGAAAAAUAAGAAGAGAGAGAAGAAAAAUAAAGAACAGAGAGGAAGAUUCAUCAUCCCCCUCUUCCCUCUGCGGCCUGUUGGACCUUUAGGGCUGUAUAUGAGAGCCUAAUAGCCCGCUAUCAGCUCCGAGCUGAGAGAUGUGAUCUACAGCAGCAGUGUGCAGGUGGAUAAACAGUCGUCACGGUAACAAGAGGAAGACCACACAUGCUCCAGGGGCCGACCCUGCACCCCCCCAUGCUGCAGAUUUGUGUGGCCGUUAUGGGAACAUGUGUUAAGCUACCGACAUGUGAGGUCGUAAAAUACAGCUCGCUCUACAAAGGUCUCCAAAACACCUCAGCUCCUCCAGAUGUGACCCAGAGGAAAAUAUACGAUGGAGAGGAACAUGAUGGUUAUUUUAGUUGUACAUCCCCUUUAAAUUACAAGCUGCAUGUUGAUUGAUUCGGUUUAUUCUUGGCCUUUAAAGAAUUCCUUUAACACAUUAAACUUAAUGAUUUCUUCCAGAGCUUCCAGUCAUAUCUGAGUCAUUUUCAGCCGGCAGAGUAUCCUUAAGAAGACAGAUUAAAUGAGAUGGAAGGGAGUAAAUAUUGCAUUAUCUAGAGAAAUUCACCUGUUUUAAAAUAAAAUUAAAAUUCGAUUGCUUCACAUUUGGGGAAAUGUUCUUAUUUUAUUUCUUCAGGAGAGCUAAAUAGAGCGAUCAAUACCUCUCUCAUGCCUGUGCUGCUAAAUAAAGAGGAUCAGUUUAACUGAGCAGUCAGACAUUUAACAAGUAGAAACAGCCUGUCCGCAGACAUAAAUCAAGAAACCUUUUUUUGUGAGUGUGUAAAAGCACUGCAUGAAAAUUAGACUUGCAAAUAACACGAAUGGACUCCCACUACAGCUAACUUUAAAUGGAAAUGUAAAAAAACUGAUUUACUGGCAAUACUCCAGACAAACCUGAAGGUCAAGUUAACGUGUUUUUUUUCUCUCUCCUAGACUGUGAAAUAAGUGUAAAAAGUGUCUUUUUUUUUUAAUUCUGAAAAUAAGACUCAAAACUGUUGAGAUGUUUAGAUAAAAGUGCAUGAAUUAUAGUGUAUUUCAUGCAGCAGGAUUUAUCAUUUCUGAGAGGAGUAAUUAUCUGAAGAUUAUGAGAUUGUUCUGCCGAGAACAGAAAUUUCUCUGAAUCAGUAUCAUCAAAGAGGGCUCUGUCCACAGGGGGCGCCAAAGCCACCUCAUACAAAUCGGUUUAAGGGACCUUUAAAAGUAGAAACAGCAUUAUUUAGCACUAUCUCAAGGUCAGAUUCAACCAAGUUUUUACUUUUGAAAACAUCCAAUACAAAUUACAAUACAGCACUUAGUCCAUGUAGUGAGUUACUGCAGCACAGACCAUAAAGCCGUCUCCUCCAUGUCAACAGAUGGGACAUAGGUUAAUUUACAAACUCAAAAUACACCUCAAAUAAUAAUUUCUGUGACAUGUUUUCUGUCAUGUUGGGCAGUUCUUAUCAUCCUAAUUUAUAUGUAACAGUUCAUUUUUCUUUUCUGUUAAGAGGCGUUCAAAGGAAACAUAACUCAAAGUGACACAAAGCCGUGAGUGUCUGCUUCAGAUCAACACAAAUCUUCGUUGUGUCGUGGUCUACACCGCCCCGGGUGAUCUUUGAUGUUUUAUCUGUGAGUUCAGUGAGUGUUUUGGUCAGUCCAGCGGGUGUGAGAUCGAUCCCCGAACCAGCCAGAACUUUUUCUAUUAACGCUUUGGCUUCAAAAUUCAUCAGCAGAGAAAUAUAUCAGCUCCUGUUAAGACGGUAUUUUGGCUUUACUUUGAAGCUUUCACACAAAUAAAUUUCUAACAGAGAAAUAAAGUUUGUUUGAUCUGAUCUGAUCUGAUUUGAUUUGAGAUUAUGUUUAUCUUGGACCAAGUUAUUCUACCUGUUUUUUCCCCCCAAGGCCCCUUUUUAGACUAAUGCCUAUGUAAAUGUAAGGAUGCCUAGCCCAUGUUCACACUUUAAAGAAUGGAGGGUCCACACGAAUGAUCAUUUUGACAAGCUUUACUGGUUGCAGAUCUGGGUUACAGCUUCAUCAGUGUGCAACAAAGACUGGUCUAAUACUGUUCAAGUACAUAUAACCGUCAAUAUUCUGCUUGCAUCUUGUUCACCUGAAGGAGAGUCCAUGUAGGGUAAUAACAAAGCACCACAUAUUUUGAGAGCCUGAGUGAUGUUAAACAUGGGUACAAGGUCCUUGUUGAGGAUAGCUGUUGGAGGCCCAUGGCUCCAGAAAUCUAGAACCAAAGAAUCCAAGUGACACAGCUCCAGCACCCUAAAGGCUGACAGGACUGGCUAAAGAAAAUCACCCUAAAAAUAAACUAAUACAAUGUAAAUUAAAGUAAAUUAAUACAAUUAAUACAAUGCUUUUAAAUGGAGAAUAUAAUCCUUUUUUUAUCAUAUUGCACAUUUUAUUUUACCCCAUAUUCAUAUCGUAAUGUUGCGGAUGUUAUUGCUGGUCCUCCUGUUUUUCAUAUCCCUGGGUGUUCAGUUCAUCUGUCAGCUGGAUAACCCUUUGCCCUCAUCAGGCUGCAUGUUGUGAGAGCGUGGUGAAAGAACACAGCAUAUACCACAAAUGUCAUGCCCUCUGCAUGAGGAAUAACAAUGGAAGGUGGACUUAGUUAAGGGCAACAAGGGAGGGAAAUACCAGGCUAUAAAUAUGUUAGAAGUGCUGUGUCUCAGUCUGCGAAAGGUCGGUGAUGACUGACGCUAAGAUGCUGCAGAGGGGUGUGGACUGUAAAGAGGAGGAAAGGAAUGGGUGCUGUGGGUCAGUGGUCCAAACCCUAAACCCACACAAACACAAAGACCUACACUUCACACAAAAAGACCUCGCUCUGCUUAUGCUGGUUUUUCUGCAAACAUUUUUCUCUCCUUUUUUUCGUUCUCCAAAUCCGUUUCUGUGUUACUUGAGUCCAGCUGAAUGUUUUAUAAUCUCUGCAGUUACGCUACAUUACACAUGUUAUGUCUGCGGCAGGCUGACUGUGUGCUGAACUGAACAGACAAACUCAACAUGCUGUAGGUGAGGUUCAAGUUAGACGGAGGUCCAGGCUCUCCUAAGUACUCCCACAUGUUCUGUAUUUACAUGCAUAAGUACGUGUGCCAACUUUUUCUGACUACAUCUUGGGGCGAAUGUAGUUUUUAUGAAUUAAUUUAACCCACAUAGAAGUAUGACUUCAUUCUUGCGUUAGUAUGUGUCUGUGUAUGUGUCAGACAACCGGCCCCAAGACAAAACAGAGCACAUCAGAGCCAUCAGCAGGGAUUAGCUGUCUGGGAAUCUUGGCCCCAGAGCUGUCUGCUUUUCCUUUGAUAAAUCAAACGAGUCAAACCUGUGAAUAAUCGCUCCCAACUUCAGACACUUGGAGGACUAAACUGGCCCAGUGUCACAGGAAUGAUCCCUUAAAGUAUCUGCGGUUUGGAGGUUUACUGUGCUGUUUUGGGCUCUUAAAGCUCACCGUUUUGAUUUUCUUUAACUUCCACUAUUUUGUUUCACUGUCACGGUUCUCACAGACCAUCAGCAACAAGUCUGACAAUGUCUGAAAAAAACUGUUUUAAAGGGAAAUUCCAGCGUAAAAAUAAGUUAGGGUCAAAUACACCGUAACACAGAGUUAGACACCCGUUGAGAGAUGAAAGUUGCCGACCGCUUGCUUCUCUAGUUAUACCAACUUUAGUAACGACCGCAGAUAGCAAUACACAGAGCCAUGCACUCAACCAAAUAGGCACUCUAUAGCUUUCUAUAUCUUUUUAGCUUUGCCUAAUUUCUUUAGCAAAGAGUCUAAACACAACUCACCCACUCUCUUCCAGCAGCCGCUUGUUUGUACGGAGACCUCCGGGCGAGUCCAUCGACUGCAGCGGGGGGACGCAGCUCGAGGAAGAACAUUUAUGAUCAUUUCUUCAUGGAAAUGCAAUCAGACCGAGACGCUAAGGCAGAAGAACUACAGCGUCUGCAGUGCAAAAUGAUUAAUAUGGUGAUUAUUACUUCAAGGAUAUGAUAAAGAAAUGAUUAUAAAUGUUCUUCCUUGAGCUGCGUCACCCCGCUGCAGUCGAUGGACUCGCCCAGAGGUCUCGGUACAAACAAGAGGAUGCUGGGAGAGAAUAGGUGAGCUAUGUUUAGUCUCUUUGCUAAAGAAAUUAGGCAAAGCUAAAAAGAUGUCAACGGGGUGUCUAACACAGUGUUAAGAUGUGUUUGACCGUAACUUAAUUUUACGCUGGAAUAUCCCUUUAACAUAUACGAGACAAAAGAUAACAGUUAUUACUUUGUCCACAGGGGGCGCCAAUACUAACUCAAACUGUAAGUUCAGCGUAUCAGCUUUAACAGAGGGGGAAAUAGAGCAUAACGACAAAAGAAAACUGACCUGAAGUAUGUUGUUGCAAGAAGAAGUCUGAAUUAACCAUUCUAAGUUUCUCUCAAUCAUUUCUGUAUUUGUUUUUUAGCCGACCCUGACUUUUCUAUCCGCGUCUCCAUCAGAAACAGAGCACUGCAAUGAGGCUCAAAAACCGAUCUUUGAAAACAUGUGCCCUUGCAGUGUAAUCUCUUAUGCAAACGAGCUCAAUUAAAACUCAGUCUUCUGCAUAUAUGUAUUGAUGUUUACCAAGGACAAAAGCCUCCAUUCAUGUUUCUACAGAGGGAUGAGACUGACCUGUAUUUUUGAAGUCUUAAUAUGUGUGCAGUGCUAGCCUCGAUGAAUAAUGAAUGAGCUGCAUGGAUGUAAAAGUUCAGGCACAUUGACUUCCUCUCAUUUAUCUGUCACCAUCAUCACAGAGCUGUCUGUUUAAAUCUGUUGGAAAAAUGUGUCUUUUAUUGCAUGUGUGCACAGGCCUAUCUACACUGCCAUAACUCUGUGAGCAGUAUUACAUAUUUUAAUGCUCAAGCAAAUCUGGGACUAUUCCCUAACAUCGUCUAGUUUAGCUGGUAAAUGCUUAAUGAUCGGAAUUAAAGGCCGGUCAUCACGGCAAGACAAACCCGAGCCAACACCAACUGAUCCUCCACAAGACGUCCCUUCUAUCCUCAGUAUGACACCGCUCUGCUCUGGGAGCUGCCUUGGCUCCUUAAUGCCCACUCUUUAUUGCUUUUCCUCCUGUUGGUCUGUCUUUCUGCCCAAAUGUGUGUGUAUGCGUGUUUAUGUCCAUUCCAAACUCCAGAUAUCAUAGCAAAGGUUCAGCAGAGCACAGCGCUGUUGCUAUGGUACCAGCUGGACAACAAGUACACACAGUGGUGAAGAUUAAGGCGGGCAGGCAAAGGGCUCUGCUGUGGCUAAUGAUGCUGUAUUAGAGCGCCAGCAGGGCAUUCCUCGCUGCUUUUCCAUUACUCUAUAGAAGGACUUGAAGAGGAACUUGCAGCAGAAAGGGGAGGGCAAAGGCAUGGGAAAGAUGGUGGACAUCGCCUAUACAUUACCUCUAAUAGAUGCACGCUGCUUUAGCGAGAACAUCUGGAGUCGGGUUCUUGCCAGAUUUAAAGAUUAGCGCUGGAUGAAUGUGUCUGUAAGAGUUAAUUUAAAUACAUUUCUUUUUCUUCUGCAGGCUUAACGUGUCACUUCUGAUGGGGAGACAGGAAGAUGAAUAAUGGAGACUAGGAUGAGCAGGUAAUGUCUAUAACAGAAUACUAAAGAGGAGAGACAAACACUCACAUUGGACCAGGAGAAGAGUUAAAUGUUGAAUUAGAGGAUUUACAUCAUAGUUUUGUUUGUCAGUUCCGGGGCUGCCAAGUUUCAGAAAAUGACGAUUGAGACUUUAGCGUUAUGAUGUGUUCAGCCACCAAUCUGUGGUCGCCGGCGAAAGAAUUUGGCCUUUUUUAACAUCGAUUUAUACCUUAAGACUGAUGUCCCCACCUCCAUGCCAGCUUCUUUCCCUGCACUGUGGCCUCCUAAUACUAGUCUUAAUUCACCUACCGUCCGUCCUCAGGAGAGCAGGUGAACAUCAUGUGGAUUUUAAAUGUCGGCACUGUUGUGUGUGAGAUGCCAAGACCCACCUCACGUCGCUUCUGAUUGGUUUAUAUUGCGUGGCACCUUCCGUGGUUGGUUAGAUUUAGGCACAAAAGACUGAUGGAUUGGUCUGGGGUUGGUUAUCUCGGUCAGUCAAUCAGAGUUACUCGAACUAUGGCAAGCCAAGUUUAUGAUCAUAAAAAACAUAAAUACAGAGUAUUGAAUGGGGAAAUAUAAGCGUGAGAGAAAUGUCAAGUGUGGUUUGAAAAUGGGUCAAAUUUCAUGACUGUCACACUCAAAGCGUGAGGCUAGGCAGCUCUGUAAAGAGGAGAGAAAAACACCCACAUUGGACCAGGAAAAUAGUUAAAUGUUGUCAAAUGUUGUCAUGUAAGACUCACUUCCUUACUUUGAGUUAACUUAGAGGAUUCACAUCAUAGUUUUGUUUGUCAGUUCAUCAUAAAGCUACAGUUAGAGGUCAGCUAGCUUAUAUUAGCUUAGCUCGGUGGCUAAGCUAAUAUGGCCUCUGCUCAAGCUUGCCGUCAAUGAUGACAAUAUCUACGCCCUAAGAAGUUUGCUCUUCUUGAGAACAGCACCUUUUCAAGUUAGCUGUUACUCAUAACGUGUGAACUUCAUAGUAACUUGUAAUAUUUAAAAACUCUUUAGGUUUUGUCUAAGCUAGCUGUUGAAGCUAAACAACCAGGCUAAUUCAAGGAAGAGAUCAUGGCCCGCAUACAACAUAAAGAGUCUAUUUUCUCUGGUUAAAUUCAGACUAAAUGUAUGUGUGGUUGUUUUCAGACAAUGUUUAGCCCACAGACACACCCUUGUUUUGAAGCACUGACACGCCAUACUAGCAUGAGAAAUAUAAAUAACAUUACAAGUACUGUCGUCUGCAGGCUACUCACUCACUAUUAAGCUCCAGAAAGAUCCAGGAAGUAGCUUAAACACGAGGAAGGUUAUGGCCCAAUAAAAGCAGUGUAGUUCAGCAUUAAAUGUUGACAUUUUUGACACUUGUGUGGUCCUCAUUUUUUCAUUUAAGAAAUAAAAUCUACUUCCUUUGCUGUUAUAGUCCAGUGUUAAAUGUUUGUAUCAGAAGCUGGCAGUCUGAGCUUCGUUCCUAACAUUGUGGCUGAUUAGCCCCCAAUUUAGAGAUUGUGAUUUGUUGUCAUGCAAACAAUUCUUUCAGAAAUAUUUUGCAUACUUUGACGCUACAUUUUCCUUUUCCUGCACCGUAAAUUGUCUCAGACACAAUAGACCCACUUGAAAAACCCAAGUAUGGAGAGCCAGCUGUAAUUUUGUGGCUGAUUUCAGGUGACCACACUCUUUCCGCUGGAUAGCUAUGGCCAAAAGUAGCACUAGCGGUUUUCCUGUGAGUGCCAUACAACCUUCUCGAGCCACUACAAUCAUUGUUAUAUUGUCUGGCAAGCGGUCGGAUAAUGCAGACAAGGUUUGGUCAGCUGGAAAAUUUCCCUACACACUUUGUCUUUUUCAGUCUUAUCAGAUUGGAAGCGUUCAACCUUUUCACCUCAUGCGCCUUUUAACAAUGUGCUGAGGUUACAGCAAUCCUGUGGCGGAGGAAAAAUUCACCUCACCCAGCAGCUGCACUUAAAACAAAGAGCUUAGGCAGCAACUUGAGGUAAAAGUUGAGCCAUAACGGCAAUGCAUUUUAAUGAGGCAGUCCUGGAAAUAGCCGCAGUGUGGUCCAUUUCCUCUGCGGAGUUUCAGGACAGGGCCUGGCGUGCAUGAAAAUGGGCUGCUGUGGAGAAAAUGGGCUUUUAUGCCCAACACAUUAUGGCAGAAUAUAUAGUCCUGAAUGGAGAGCUGUGUGGACCGCUCUGCCUGCUCCCACUCAGAAUUUAAUCUUAGCACACUGAAAGCACAUUUAUGGAAACCUUCCUUUGCUAAUCUAUUAUAGCUGAGAGCCGGUCGGCCCUGCCGCCUGAGAGAGACGUAUAAAUGUUGCAAAUUCGACGUAAUAUAUUAAAUUCCUCAUAUUUCAACUGUGGAUUUCUUAAUCUUACAUUCAGGGGGAACAUGGUGAAUGCUCUUUCCUGCUCGAGAAGCAAAUUUCAACACCCGUCUGAAACAUUUAAAGUAUUUCGAGUUUUGAUCUUUAAAGGCGAGUGGUGGGAAACAGCUUGAGAGGGCAGCUCUUGUGGAGAAAAGACGAAUUCUCUUUACAAUGUCAACAAAGGCCAACACAUCUCUGACAGUGUUAGUAUUGUGCACGCAACAGCUGAUAAUGUUGUAAGACCCGUUUGUUACAGUGUAGUGAACACAGUUUUUCUGUUUCUCUGUUUUCCAUAUUCGCUGAUGCAACCAGAUGCAAAACCGAAGAGGAUUGAUGGGAGUUUGAAACUGGACAAAAGACCCGGUAAGUUUUCCGAAGAUAUUCUGUUUGAACUUUUUUUUUUUUCUCCAUUUUGAACCACUGCAGCAGCAUAAAUACUUGAUAGGAAGAAACUAUUUCUCAGAGGCGUUUUUUUGGUGAGUGAGAUUUUAGUCGGAACAACUUCAUCACUUUGCCAAUUUCCAGACUGAGUCUGAGAAACAGCAUAUUUCAGACUGGACCGCGUGAUGAGAUCCAGCAAAAAUAAAUGAAGACAAAGUUAAUAAAUAAGAACUCUUGUGUCUGAAAAUUGCACCCAAGCAGAUUUAAGCUCUGCAGCUUGUCCUCUUGAAAUAUCUAAAUCAUUGCCAGUGUCAGGGGGAAGUGGUGGGAGCACUCGGCAAGGAAAUUCCUCUUAGAGAGAGAGAGAGAGAGAGAGAGAGAGAGAGGGAGAAAGCACUGGCAGUCUCUGUGUUUGGAUAAACACAGAAUAGAGCCUGGCAGGGAAAAUGACGUUUUUGGCUCCAACAGGAAGAGCGAACUUCAUUAGAUCUUUUGAUGACUAAAUGUGAAAUUGAUGCUUUUGUCCAGAUGGAGAAAUCAUCUUAUCUGGAGGCCGUAUAUUCAACAGACACAGACAUCAGUAUUCAGCUUUGACGUGUGUAUAUCUCUGCAGCUUGUAUUCACCGGAGAAUAUUCGAUAAAAUUGCAUCAGCAGUCUGUUCUGAGCUUCAUUAGUGGCUCUAUAUGCAGCUGAAGUACCGUGAUUGAACCGAACAAAGCCUGCAAUAGCUCUAUUAAAGGAGCACUGUAAUUUUCCUGUCAUUUGCAUGCUGGGACGUUCCACAGGACUAUGCAAGAACGCGCCGAGAUUCAAUCUCACUCUUAUGUCAUGCACAGUUUGUUUAAAAGGAAGAAAUUGCACGCAGGUUUUCCAUGAUCAAAGUCCUCCACAAGAGCUGAGCUUUGCCUCAAUUUUCCAUGGAGUGGCUGAAAAUAAAUGCAUGUUCACAGUCACGGCGAAUUUAGAAAGCAGGGAGGGAGAAGGACUGCUUUGGCUGAGGGAAAGCUCAUGGAAUGAAGCGUUAAAUUGGAUCCAUUUGGACUAUUGACGUCACAGUGAUGCAUUUCAACUGCAUCUUAAAACGUCUGACAUAUUUCUCACUGGGCCAAAAAACAUGUUGGCUGUGUGCUUCACUGAUGUAAGUGAUACCAGAAACAUUUGGGUAAUUUCACUUGUUGAAAUACAUCUUGUUUCAACACUUGAACUCAGAAUUCAUCCAUUUAACUCCCACUAUAAACAAGCUGAUAAAUGUUUCUCUAAUCUUUCAGUAAGCUGAUAGAAAUACAUUUUUGUUUGUAGAGCUGUGAAUACUCCCUCGGCUCUUGAUUACUGUAAGGAUAAGCUCUCGGUUGUGCAAAAAUGGAGAGUGCAUUAAAGGGACCCUGGGGUGAUAAAAGUGGUUUGAUAAUCUUUUUCUUGACAUCUUUUCUGCAAUUAAAAACAAGAAAUAAUCACAACUGUUGAUGUAGCCAAACUAACUGAUUCCCCAUGUUUUAGGGUGACCAUAAGUCCUUCUUUACCCGGACAUGUCCUCUUUUAGGGGGGCUGUCCGGGGAAGUUUAUAAAAUCCUUCAAAUGUCCAUGGUUUUGUACGUAAGUUUCGAGUUUGUGUCACGUGGCUGAGUUAGAGGCACGUAAAAGACAUUCAAUCUGACCUGAAAAACUCUCAAAAUUAACUUAGUGCAACUCUGUGACUCCACCCCCGCGUAGUCGUGUUCUCUUUUUGGGAAGUCAGAACAUGGUCACCCUACCAUGUUUCUCAACUUUAUGCUCAGCUAAGCUAAAUGCCUGUUCGCUGUAGCCUCAUACUUACAGUACUCCAACCCUGUUUCCAAAAAGGCUAGGACACUGUAAAGUUUUUUUACCAUUGCAAAAGUUUGGGCUCCAAGAUGCCUUGCCUGAUAGAGAAUUCAGCUGUUCAGCAUUGUGCAUUGUCCUUUGGCAUUGUUUUCUUUUUUCCAAGAUGCAUCAAAUGUUUUCACUGGGUGACAAGUCAGGACUGUAGGCCAGCCAGUUCAGCAUCCGGACUCUUCUACCACAGAGUCAUGCUGUUGUAAUAUGAACAGAAAGUGGUUUGGCACAGUCAUGCUGAAAUGUGCAAGGCCCUCUCUGACAAAGAUGUCUGGAUGGCAGCAAAUGUUGCUCCAAAACUUGUGGCUACAUAUGCAUCCUCAUAUCAUCAGGGAUGCUGGUUUUUGAAGUGUGCACUGAUGGAAAGUUGUGUAAGGCCUCUUGUUUUAGAGCAGAGACAGCAGUGUCCGUGACUUCCAAGAAGAAUUUUAAUUUUUGGACUAGGGCCCAGAAAUGUCACCAGCUUUUCUGACUCAUGUUUAUAUUUGGUUUCCUUUUUGCAUGGUACAGUUACAUGGUGCAUUUGUGCAGGAUGCAGAGACAAACGGUGCUUUUUGGAAGUGGUUUUGAGCCCAUGCAGUGCAGAGUCAUGGUCCUCCAGCUGUGUUAUUUUUUACACAACUUUUACACAACUUCUUUAGUUGUCCCUACUUUUCAAAAAGAUGUUGCCACAUCAAAUUUAAAACAAGCAUUUUCAUGAAUCAAAAAUUUUCAGUCUUAGUAUUUAAUAUGUGGUCUUUACACAUUGUGCACCAUUUCACCAGUGAAAGUAGAAAAUGAUCCUCUCUUACUGCUCUCGUGUUAAUCCUUUUUGACCAUUUCCAUUAGAUUAUUCGAAUAGGACCUACCAUGUUUCCAACAGCUGCGGUCAGCUUUGCCUUUCUCUAAACCUUAAGGAGAGUUGAGCUUAAAGGAUUCUUCUUGAACACACACUUUUUACAAAAUCUUUUCCCUAUUUUCUCAACCCCUCGAACAUAAACACAGAGUAUAUGGUUCCUCUAUUGUCUGGCGUUGUGACCGCACGGCCAUGGCUCAGCUCAUACCCUUAUCAGUGUUGGGUCAUGGUGGUAUUUCCUGCCUGUAACAAGAGCAGAAGGUGGCACAGGAUGAGUGCUGCUUCCUUUGCUGGCACACCCAACAUGUACUCGCUGGCCUGAGCUGAUCUGCACUGCAGUCAUAGGAAGUGAUAUCGUUGACCCUAAUAUACUGAGUGUUUUUUCAUCUAAUAUCUCAUACAUCUGUUUGCCUGAGAUCAAAGGUAGCAGUAAGAUGCUGAUGAACGGUUCGCUAGGGGCUGUUGAUUUGUGAUUCCUUUGAUUGUACCUGUAUUUACAGGUUGUUUUACAGGUGCGCUUCUGAACUGGAUAGUGUGCACUUGAUUCACAGUAAUGGUUGGCAAUCUGAGGAAUAAGGAGGGUUUAAACCCACAGCCAUGUAGGUAAAUGAUGAUCUGCUUUUUGAAGCUGCAGGUUUCUUCUAUCAUUACUAGAAGUGAUACUUUUAUUGUGUAAAACUGGAGCUUUUCAAACUGCAUCUCCACUUUACUUAAUGCUUUCAGUUUACCAUUGUUGCCCUGGCUGCAUUUGUUGCUCUCUAUCCUCUGUAGUUAUAAAAAGAUGAGCUGUCCCCGUAGCUAGCAGGCACCAGAAUUACUCUAAAUUACACAAUACAAAUACUUGGUAACACUUUACAAUAACCAUAAUUAAUAAAUGGUAAGUAGAUAGUUUAUUAAUGUUCGAUCAUCAUUUAGAAAUAGCACAUAGAUCAAUUAUAGAUGGCAAAUAGAUAGUUUAUUAAUGUAAGUUAAUAGUUACUUUACCAUUAACAAGCAAUGAAGUUAUAAUUAAUAAGUUUCAUUAAUUAUUAAUGGACUCUUUAUUAAAGGUUUAUAUAGGGUUUUUAAAUAUUGGUUGUAAAACAUCUAGAUUAAAAUAUGUGUCAGUCGCACUUUGUAAAUGGUUAAUAUUUGGUUUUUAAACCAUCUUUAAAAAUUACUCAGAUGGUUACUGUAAAGUUAGGGUUAGGUUUUUAAAAUUGUAAAAUUUACAAUUUAUUAAUGGUCUGUAUGCUAUUUAUAAAUGAUGAUUAAACAUCAAUAAACUAUCUGCUUACCAUUUAUUUACUUGUAAAGUGUUACCAAAUACUUUUAUUAUUUCAAGAUUGAAAUACCAAUCUUGGGUUGUUUCUUAUGGAAAAGUCAGUCUCUGCAACUGUCAGAUCGCUAUUUUGCUCUACUACCCUCAUGUAAAUAAUCAUGAAGGACCAAUGGCAUCCAAUAGCCUGAUUGGCUGUUGUUUUAUUCUACAUGAUAGUUCAGAGAGUGCAUGCUUAUACAGCCAUAAAUCCUGCAAGCUCAUCCAAAAACUCUGGAGAUUAUUGUUGGACUGUAGGAGCCAGGCCCCAAAUCAGCCCAAUUAUCUUGUGCUUAACCUAACAAUGUUUUUCGACUUUGUGAGUAUAUCAACACAUGCAAAACUUGCUAACUCUUCACCCUAUCUGGAUCCUUCUUGUGUAAACCACUACGACACUGUGCCGCUCACAUGAGAACAUUAAGACACUCAUGUCAUUGAAAAAAAAACAUCAAAGUCAUUAAUUAAACAAUGUAACCCAUGAAAAAUGUCAGUGUUUCUGUCCCAGAUAUACGCAGAUAUGAAUUAGUUGUAUGAUAAUUAAAAUUAAACAUGUCCAAGAGAAUUAAUGUACAUCAGCUAACAAAUUCAUUAGUCUAACUUUGCCUUUUAAAUGCUGUUUUAAUUAAAUGCUUGCUUCCUGUGAGCCACCCUCUCACGUGUCCCUCUGAGUCCAGCAGGGCCUCUUUGUGUGUGUGACAUUAGUAUACUGUCAUCUACUGUUUCUACUGCGGGAUGUUGUUUGGCUCAAAACCUGUUUCAUCUCCAUCUCUGCAUUUUUUUUUCCCAUGAGAAGUCCACGGCAGAAUCUUUGGUCUCAUCAGGGGGAAUCUGCAGAUGUUUGUAAAUACGCUUGUGGCUGCGAAGACCACGGAGGACCUGCCCUUCAAACAGUUUGAUGUUGAGGCUUUAUUAGAAGUGGGUUUCUCGGGAAACCAUGAUCACUGGGCUCGCUCGCUGAAUGUAUUUGGAGUGUGGCUUCUUGCAUGUCAUUGGAAACGUGGUUUUCUUUGCAUACGCCCAUCCCCAUGCAUCUCCAGGCUGCAUCCCACAAUGAGCCAACUAUGAAUCAGUGGAUGCUGUUUGUAUAUUACAGAUCUACAUAAACCGCUUAAAUUUGGCCUUAACGAAAGUUAUAAGGUUACAGCGGAGAUCUGAGGAGAAAUUUAUCUUAAAUUAAAGGUUUGGGUUUUACAGCAUCGUGCACGAACAUGUUAUUUCAUACUAGUGUGUAUUUAUGUAUGAUUAAAACUUGCAACAGGUAAAAGUCUAAUUUAGAGCAGAUGUCUUGGAAAAUAAUGGUCAUAAAUGCUCAAGUUUAGCUAUAGCACAUUAACAUGUACAAUGUUAGUGUCUAAGUAUGCCAGCAGGACCUAAAAGUACAAGAGAUUAGCUUUAUUAAACUCCAUGAAUUACUGUUUUUCGUACGUAAACAGAUUGUUAAAACUGCAAGCUAAUGCUACAAAUCAUGCCAGGAUCAAUCCCACAACCAGUGCAACAUGGACCGUAGCCUCUGUACAUAGAGAACAUGCUCAAAGUGCAAUGCUAAUGGCGCCCCUUGCUCUUGUCUUUUUUUCCUCACACUGUAAACAGGAUGAUUUUUCUCUAAAACUUGUCUGUUUUGAUGAUUACAUGACUAAGCUGUGCGUAGGUUUUCACCAUCAUCACUUUGAUACCGAAAGUUUGGUUGCGUUAGGGUGACCAUAUUCUGACUUCCCAAAAAGGGGACACGACUACGCGGGGGCGGAGGCACAGAGUUGCACAAAGUUAAUUCUGAGAGUUUUUCGGGUCAGAUUGAGUGUCUUUUACGCACUUCUAACUCAGUAAGUUCACGUGACACGAAGCUUACGAACAAAACUGCGGACAUUUGAAGGAUUUUAAAAACUUCCCAGACAAAACUUCCCAGACAGCCCCCCAAAAUAGUGGACAUGUUCGGGUAAAAGAGGACGUAUGAUCACCCUAAAUUGAAUCAGUAUUCCCAACUUGGCAACCCCUACCAAUUGGCUUCAAAAUCCCUCUCUAGAAAGUAAUUGUUGACGUUAAUGAGACGAUGUUAAUCUUUCAUACAUUUGUGAUUGUUUUUGUGUACUAGAGUUUUCAGUCUUAGCUUGCUAAAACCAAAAUGAAAUUCAAACAUUUCACAGCUGGAGAUAUUUUAUUUCAGAUUGUGCUGGAAUAUCCUCUAAACUAGCCCAUUAAGUUGCAAAUGCAUUGAUUUACUUUCUGGUACUCUGGUUUGUUUGUAAGCUUUGCAGGACUCGCUGUAAAUUUGUGAUUAAUGCAUCGAGAGCACGCUCAGCACGUUUCCUUUCAAGUAUGCACCAAAUUCUUUGAUAUGAUGUAUUUCCUUCCUCUCAGUAAGAAACACUUGGGUUUCAUUUGUGUGUAACUGUAUCCGCGGCCACAUUAGGGACUCAUAUUGAAUCAGUUUGUUAAAGGCAGAGUCCGUACCCUGUAAUUUUGGUUUGGUGAAUUGCACGGCCAUCAUCCUCGGCUUGAGCCCCCCACAGAGCAGUUAGAUACUUGGGAUGAAUCUGUGGUAAAAGCCACUAAAAUGGUUGAUGAGGGGCAUUGUGCUUGAAGGCAGAGAGAUGGUUUCAUGAAACCAUUUUAAUGGAAGAAAAGAGACGAGGGUGACUUUUGUUCUUUUUCACUCUCUGCCUUUUAUUUUCAUUUUUUCUUCCUUUCCUCUUUUUUGUAACUUUAUGAUCUUCUAAGUUUAGCACACAAAAGAUCUGUAGGUCUACAAUACUGUCAGCCCAAUCAAUACCAGGACUUAAGUACAUCAUGUGUAGGGGUUAAAGUGUUCAGACAACCAAUAUCUAUUACCAAAUUAAGGAACAGGACGCUCCCUGUAACACAGCGAUGGGAGUUGCACCAAAGAGUUUUCUCACAAUUUGCUCCUCUUCCCUGACUUCUUUUUCCUAAACAACCUUGAGCACUGUUUGGGACACCUAUCGAUGUUCUGCCAGAGAACAAUGGCUCGAACAUUGUCUCGAUAUCAAAGGUUGUAACCUUUGAAGAUGAUAAGAUAAACCUUCCCUUCCUUUACAGCAUCUGACUAACGCUGUCGGACAAAGCCCGGCUGCAGGAGUGGAAGGAGGUGGGAGCUGUUGUCGUGUGUGCCAUUGCAACUUCCUUGGGCUUACCGAUGGCACAAAGAAAACUGUUCCAGCUCAUUGUGUGGGCGUUUGGAAGGUACCGAGUUGGGCUGCAUGUGUACGUCCAUGUGUGUUUGUGUUGGGCGCACAACUAAACUCAGUGGCAGGACAAGUUGAGUCGGAUUUCCUCGAUGUCUUGAUAGAAUUUUUGGUUAGCCGCGUGCAAAAAACGAAAAAGAAAGAUGCUGUGUUUACUCCGUUACUCACCGUACAUUGCUAUGUCUGUAUAUUUGGAAUUAUUUACACAGGUUUUUGUGCAUCUGUCUCUUUUUAACGAUGAAUUUAAGCUGUGAAAACGUUGUCAGUGCUAACUUCGGCCUUUAAACUGGUUUUCCACUUGCCCUUAUGAAGCUGGUCGGUUGGUCAGUCAGUCUUUAGGUCAGUCGGCUGUUCAGUCUUUAGGUCAGUCGGGCGGUCUGUCUUUAGGUCGGUAUUCAGGUAGGUUGGCCGGUCGGUCUUUAAGUAAGUCAGCCGGUUGGUCUUUAGGUCGGUAUUCAGGUAGGUCGGCCGGUUGGUCGGUCUUUAGGUCAGUCAGUCGGUUGGUCGACCGGUCAGUGUUUAGGUCGGUCUUCAGGCCGGUGGGUCGGCCGGUGCGUCUUUAUGUCAGUUGGUCGGUUGGUCUUUAGGUCGGUCGGUUGUUAGGGUGGUCAGUUGGUCGGUCUUUAGGUGGGUUGGUCAGUCGGUCUUUAGGUCAGUCUAUAGGUUGGUCUUUAGGUUGGUCGGUCAGUCUGUCUUUAGGUUGGUCGGUCAGUCUUUAGGUUGGUCAGUCGGUCGGUCUUUAGGUAGAUAGAUCUUGAUUUGACCAUUUCACCUUUAACUUUCUGCCCUUGUAUAUUUAGAAUGAACCCAUAUCCCUCUUAAAUCCUCUGAAGACUCUUUCCAUUCUGAAUCCUCUGCCGUGUGACUAAAAUACUUUGAGCGAUGACGUGAACUCUCUGGGGUAAAGAAGGUAUCUAAAGGAAUGAGGAGGAAAACCCAGAGGCGUAUCAGCGGUGCAAAUUCACCUCACAGGUUGACUACACCAUAAAACACAUUCAAAGGGAGGGGAAAAAUCUCUCCAUACUUCGAAUAAUUCAUUUUCAUCCUUGGUGAGGAUCUUAAUCAUGUGCAGUGUACCUGAAGAUGAUGCUGAUUUAAAAUUACUUGAUUGUUUUGUGCCAUUAUUCUCACAAGUAAUUUGCAAGUAGUUUUACAUUUGUCUCUGACAUGCAUGAGCCUGGAGUCUUUAUUUUAAGAUGUUUCACCUCUCGCAUGAGUUUUAUUCAAACGGACCACCCUGUGAGACAGACUUUCUUACACAAAGACAACACAGGGUGGCUGGUGUGCAAUGAACCAGUCGCUUGCUUUGCUUUUCAAACCAGUCAACUGGCAAAUUCAUCAGCUACCAAAAUAAUCAAACCUCCCCCUGAGUUGAAAGUACAUGUAUUUUGUAGGUGCUGAAAACUCCUAAGAGAUUUCUACAAGUUAUCCUCAAUGUGACCUGAUUUCUUCCAGUGUUGACAUUAAAAUAGAAGCAAUAAAUGAUGAUCUAUCAACUUCUCAACUUUCUAAAAAGAAAAGUCUCUGAUUGGCUCUUAUAUAAAUGGCCUCAAAGUUCAGUUUGUCAUCAGGGAUUAUACCAAAGUAUAUCUACUGGCUUUCUGUCUCUACAGUUAAGUUGAUGACAGAUUGAGCCUGACGAAAAAUGAAUGAACAUUUCAUUUUAUCUUGGAGACAUUAAGAUGCGAGAUUCAUCACACUGUUUAAUGAAAUGUCCAGGAUCUGGACUGUGGCCAACCUCAUAGUCCUGCAGCGGUCCUGACUAUCACUGACUCGUCAGCAGGUUUAAUUGUAAACAGUGACUCAAACUUACUCUGACAGUCAUUUGUGUACAACAGAAAUAACAAAGGGGACAAAACACACCCCUGAGGUGGGCCUGUUGUACACUUUAAGACCUCAUUGUUAGGAAAUCAACCAGCUGACAUGCAGCACCAAAGUCAAAGUUAAACUCGCUGUUUUAAAAAGGUGAUAAGCCAUGUUAGUUAUGAGUUUCACAUUGUGAAAAAUACUUCAUUUUUACACUUUUGGCCCACACUAAGAAUGCAAACUUUUCUAAAACACCCCCUUUAUGAUUGCUGCAUAGCCUCUGUUGUGAUUUUUCUUCAUUGUCUUCGAUCGUCUUUCAAAUCAGACUCAAAAUCUACAAUCAAGGGAAACACUUUAAAACCAUUUCUGCUAUGAUACACAACUUUUCAAAGCCGCACUUCUGCAUAACUGUUAGAUUUCAUUUACAGUUUUAGCAACAAUCCAGCAUCUUUGUAACUCUGCAGUACCUGCAGUCCCUGAACUCGGUACUGACUGAUGAUUCAGGUUUCCUCCUGUGGCAUACCUCCAGUUGGCACACAGUGCGGGGGAGAGAGAUCCUAUAAGGAAUGUGCAUACAGUAUAUGCAUAAAAUCGAGUGUGUUGGUGAGAUGCUGUGCUUGUUAAACCUUUUUUUUCUCUUUAAAAGCCCAGAGAAGGGUGCUAAGAGACCAACACCUCCAAACGUCUUUGUAAUGUGAUGCAGCGCGCCGCUUGUUUGCCAUCGGUGUUAUCUGAAGGCAUGCGUCCAGAGACUUGUCAUCAGGUUGCUCUGUUUGCCUUUCCACUCGACCAAAGCAGUUUACAGGAAAGCCAACCACCUGCUAUCGAGCAUAAUACCGCUCAGGAUGUUUGCCUGCCGCUUGUUUAUCUGUGUUUGUGCAAUGAGGAGAGAGGAGGUUUUAAAUCAGGAGAAUACUGAGAAACUUGUUCACGGAGAGAGCUUAAAGCAACAGUGAAAGAAAAAAAAAAGGCACACGAAGAAACACUCAAACGGAUCAUGUUUAAAUAAGCUUUUCUGGGUGUUUCCUGUUGAAAUGAAGCAGAUAGAGUCACAGUUUGUUUGGGUGUUGUGGUCAGGGAGCAGGAUGUUAUGAACCUCUGGGACACCACAUUUGCUGAGGUCAGUCGGGGAAGGCCAUUUUGGGUCCACAGCGCUGUCGGGUCUCCACCUUGUGGCUUGGACUCUGUCUUGCAGUGCUGAACAACUGCCUGGCACACAGACUCAGACUAACACCACACACACACACACACACACACACACUGCACUCGCCCAUCAGAGCCAAAGUAAAAUAAGGUCAAAGAAACGGGCUGAAAGAAAUCUCUCUCCUGACAUUGUGAAGCAGACAAGAUAAUAACCACCAGCAGUAUUAGUCCAUUUCUAAAUAAUAUAUUCACCAAAAUUAAAUUAGCUCAACUAAAGGACCUUGUUUUUCUUUUAGAGUAGGGUGACAUAUAUUUUACGUCCUGAUGUUAGCAUUGUUUACGAGAGCAUUUUGGCGAGCAACAUUAUCACCAAUUGCCAUGUAAACAAUCCGCCUCUACCAGGAGGCUAUACUGUUUUUGAGAAACACAUAUCUCUUUCAUAAUCAGUUCAUUUGGAUGCAGUAACGCUUAUUUCCAUGCCUCUCUUCCUGUUAGGAUGGCAGCUGAGGUCAUUUGUGUUUUAUAAGUGCCCACAAAGGUUUCACUGUGCACUGACACAGACAUUAGGGUUUGAGUUAUUGAUCAAACUAUCAAAAAUAGAAAUAUUUAACCAUGUGAAAAUAUAAUAAAUCUGAUGGCAGUUAAGUUUUUAAGGCUAUUAUGCUGCUGAUACCACCACAACAGAUCCAUGUAGUUUAAGGUUUUGUUCUAAAUCAGACCUGGGCAUUUGGAUGUCCCCGUCGGCCCUUCGUGUGGUCUGUCAAUCAAAUCAUCAACAUGCUAUAAAAGUGUGUCACUUUUAUCAUGAAAACAUAGCCGUUGUUUUAUCUCCAUUUGGACACACGUGCGUAAAUCCUAGAUCUGCAUUCAUGAACAGAGACAAGUUUAAACAUCGGCAAAACAUUCGUAGACGCCUUAGAGUUGCCAAGUCCGUUUAUUAUAAACAAUUUUCGGCUUGUUUCUCCCAGAAGUCGCUUGUAAAACUCGUGAGUCGUGGGUGCGCUUUUGGGGGCUUGUUUUUUACCAGUAGUUCUUGCUUUUCUGUAUGUGUGAACCCCCUGAUUUGAAGUUAAAGUUAUUGUUGGUUCGGCCCUCCAACUCAGUUCAGGUUUCUCAUGUGGCCCCAUGUAAAAAUUACUUGCCCACCCCUGUUCUAAAUAAUGUUCAAACAGUGCAGGAUAAACACUGGUUGGUAUAGAAUUUACUUCAAAAUCAACCCGUAAAAAUCUAUGAUUCAAAGCCAAGUUCUGCAGCUGUAGGGAGCGUCCCUUACCCCCCUUCACCUAGACUCUAACAUGCUCUCAGCAGCUAGAUCUGAUUAUAAACCUGAGCAAGGCAGUGCGUAAGAGGGAGUAGACAUCCUGUGUGGAGAGUUAUAAGCUCCGGGGUCACGAGGUCAGGAGUGAAACCUGACAUCACACCUUGAGUAUGCAGAGCAAAAACACAUGCCUGCAAAGCCCCGGCAAUAACGUGUAAUUUAUUGGUGUAAGAGUGGACUUAACCUCUGUGUGUCUUCGAUAAAAAGUAACACUAAGAGAUAUGGACCGACUCAACACUUCUCAUGUCAGCUUUAAUUUAGUGAGAGCUUGGCACCUCUCCAGAAAAAGCAGCAAAGGAAUCUUUACUGCAGAGAAAUGAUCAUUUUGUCAUAAAAUUAAAUACAAGUAUUCUCCUCCAUAAGGUGUGCCUACUUUGAAGUAAAUAAGGGUGUUUGCUUUUAUUUGUACUCUAUAGGUGAAGCCGCUGCUUUAGCUAUUUCCGAGCAUGUCAUUUCAAGUUCUUAAUGACAUGGUUCAGGACUUUGUGAGCCAUAAGAGCAUGACUGAAAGGCAGAAAAAGAAGAAGAGAGAGAGAGAGAGAGAAAAAAAAAAACUGUCCAACCCCUUUAGAAGAUUUCCUGUUUCAUGAAAAGUGCACACAUACUGUGAGUCAUAUAGGGCAAGUCCUGCCUGGUGUGUUUACUCUGCUCCUUCUGCUCGGAGCUGUGAGGGAGUUCAGAGAGGAGCAACAGGCGGACUCUGAAGUCUGGAUAUCUUUACUCGUGAAGACUUCUUCGGUUAAUUAAUGAGAGAAAGAGGAGCGUCUAGUCCGUUUCUAAAUGGAGCUACUUCGGUUUUCCGCUUUUUGGUGUGGAACGAUACUCUUUGCUAGUCUGCUGCUGGAGGAGGCGGGUGAGUUAAAAGUUUCUGAGAAAAGUUGCCAAAAAAACUACACGACGGCUGCGUCUAAUUAAAGCUGCGACGUAACCGUGAGGCUGCGUCUAUAAACUGUUAGUGCGAUUUAAAGCGUCUUUUUUUGGCAUAAAUAGAGAGCUUUAUGUCUUUAUUUUGAAUUUUUUGUAUUUCAAAAGAGUUAGUAUCACUUUAAAUUUAAAUAACGUGAUUAAAACAAAUGUGAGUUUCCUCUUAUUAACACCGCCUGAAGUUUUUAUUUUAGCUAACUGUACGUGGGCUCCUCUCAUAUCUGCAUCUCUGAGGUGUACUCACGUCGCUUAGGGUCCACCAGCCCCCCUAUAGAGUAUACUAUCUUACCUUCAUGUACCUCAGACUCAGUCCUAGAGGCACCAAGUGGCUUUGGCUGCUCUAAAUCCUCUUCCCCCCCUUCUCUGCAAUUAUAUGUAGCCCUGGGUGACAAUUACUACCAUUCAUCCCCUCCACAGCACCGCCUCUUGGGUUUAAAUGACAUGCUCUUUCAGAGGAUUGCUCUAAUGAUAUAAUUACUCUGGCUCAACCACCUUCCCACUCAGUUAUGUGCUAUCUGUCCCCCUCAGUGCGGAUUUACUUCAAACCAUCACCAAGAGUUCCAAACCUCUAUGUUAGGUGGGUCGGUCAAGAGCUGAGGUACUGUAAUUUGAUGUGAGAGUAGGUGAGAUGAGCCAUUUUUCAUAUUUCAGGUCAUUACUACAAGGCAAUCUUAGUUUUGUCUCUAAUUAGUGUAUCUGAAUAUAUUUCAAGAUGUUGUGCAUCCCUGCAAAACCAACAGAAUGAGUGUAAACAUAACUGUCUUGAUAAUAUAGCAACAGGGGGUGGCUCAACUUACCCUUUGGCUCAACUUACCCCACUCUCUCCUACCACAGAGCAUAACUUUAAUAUCCUCAAUAUCCUUAAAUGCUCAAUGUGAGGAUUGAGCAUUUCAGCUCUUUUUAGUGAGUUGGACCUUUUGACUCACAAAUGCAAAAGUAUAAUGAUUGACAAUUUAUUAAUGAAUGAAGAUGAUUGAUACAGCAUGCAAAAGUGUUACCAUGUUUGGCUCUUAGGUUCCCAAAAUGAGACAUUUUUACAGUCAAAACAAGCGGACAAAAGCGAGUUCAAAUAGCUGGCUCGUCUGCAAUCAGCUCCUGUUAUCUCAUUCAUCAUCUGACUAAAGUACAGCAGCAGGGACAGGAUGCCAUCAACCCCCAGUUCACUACAGUCGCAGGUUGUGCAGAGUUUCAGUCUACAGAGCUAACUCCCCCGGCAGCUUUGAUGGUUUGACACACCAGGCUUUUUGUUCAGGUGUUAAAACCCACACACAAGCAGCACCUUUUCCUCUACUUAAUGUGAAGUCAGGGGUGAACUUUCUUCUUCACUGUCUCUUCAAACUUCUGAGUAGUCUGGUUUUACUUACAGUUCCCACUCUGAAAUAUCUCCCUUUGUGGUCAUGUGAUCAAGGGCGCAACUAGAGCCAUUUUAAGACAAGCAGCGUCUGCUCCUGAAACAUCACAUAUGUUUGUUUACGGUUCUUUUAUCCGGAUUUCAUAUUUAAACUUCAGUUUAUAACCCAGUUUUUCUCCUAAGUUUGCUUUCGGUUUAUGUAAUAUUUUGCAAAGCUCGACUUCCUGCCCACGUGGAGCACACAAGUACAGUUCUGUGGUUUUUGCUUAAGCAGAGCUGUCACGUGUUUUGUCAUUUCCUCUUUUGUUUUCUUGCAGAUGCUUUCUCAACACGAGUUUGUAACUUGUAACAUUUCUUUCUCAUCCAUUUCAUCUCUUGAUUAACCCAUGUGAGGGGCCUGCUUGUGUCUAAAUGGUGCUCCUUGAGUCUUCUUUGUGUACACUUGAAGAAACCCAUCAGAGUCACUGGGGAUUGUUCUUGAGAGACAUUCCUUCCUGAUGAUGCCUCACCCACUUGUGCUAAAUUGAUCCUGGGAAAUUUGGAGUAUCCUUGAUUAGGGUAAUUUCCAGCUCCUUGCUCCUAUAGCUGUGCUUUAAUGUGGUGGAAAAGGAGAGUUUUACUCAACUUCUCCCUCCGUAAACCAAACAGAGGGAGUGUACCUGGUUUAUUUUUUUUCAUGGUUAGCAAGUGCAAACUGUAGUCGAAGAAUAUCUGUUGGAAUCAAACACUCACCAACAUGUAAACACAGGCACACCAAUUUUUUUUCUCGCUAAACAUUCACAGACACUGUCUCCCUUUUUUGUGAUAUUCAUGAGCAGAACUGGCAAGACACCUUUCGAGAUGGGGAGCCGAUUCAUCGGCGUGACAAAUUAGAGACUCCUCAGCGAGGGGAUGCAUCCGUGUCUCUUUUGUUUGUUGUUCUUGCCUGUCUGCCAGUUGUCUCCUCAGAUGAUUAUCAAACCCACAGGCACUCAUCACACAAUCUUGUCUGUCUCACUGAUACGGCUCUGCUGCCUGCCUGCCGGCAAAGUCAAGUCUGAACAUGACCAAAGAAGGUGGAUGCCACUGCGCUCUGCUCUUAUUGUUCAGACUUCACAGGGGAAAAAUCCGUCCGGCCCUCUGGGAUGAAAUAGUUUGGAUUUUCUUGUGGUUUUGUUAAAAAUCCGCUACUUAUUGGAACAUUCCAGAAGAAACUCUUUAGCUGAUGAGAGUUUUUAUGUUUUUCAUGCUGAGAGUUUUAGUUAUUAAACUCCAUGGUCAUGUUUGUAUUUUGAGAAUAUCAAAAGCUGUUGAGUUUAAUCAAUAAAUAAAGGCGAUGUGAGUCAUUAAGAAUGUUUUAAAGGUACACUUAGAGACGAUAUGAAGAGGAUUAAGCCUUUCAUUGUCAGGGUUAAAUGAGUGCUGUAGUGCUCUCGACAUAAACUGUGUCUAUUCAUCAGCUCAGGGUGACGACCAUGGUUGCUCAAAGACUUUCGGCUUUAAAGAGCCAGAUGAGAAAAUGACCAUUUCUAAGCUGAAUUAUUCCCUCGUUUAACAUUUCCCAGUUGAGUUUGUGUUUUUAACAGCGACCCGGCCUCAGGUCAUCUUCAAUGCAGUAAUUAUUGUCCAAUUUGGAGUAAAUGUACAAAAAAGCAGGCCCCACUUUGAGAAACUCAUCAUCGUUUCUUUUUCUAGAAUCCAACAGGAUGAAAAUAAAAAGAUUGUGCAAGUUCUGUGAUGUCCGGACAACCAGCUGCACGGGGAAAGGGAGCUGCAAGGUGGAGUGUGAAAUCACAGCCAUCUGCCCCAGUGACGACGACGUGUGUGUCAGUAUCUGGUGAGUGUCUUGACAUAUAUCAGUGCAAAGGUGGUUGAAUGACUAAACACAUGGAGCUUUUGAAUAGUAACAUAAGGGAACAAUAGAUACUUAAACACUAAUCGGAUCAGGUACCUUUUUGCUCUUGGGAAAUGUGCUAGAUUGUGUUCAUCAGAGUGACCUUUUCCUCUGAACACUGUCAGUGAGUUGGAUUAUGACUGUAUGUGAGCACCAUCACCAUGGAAUCUGACUGUCAACGUGAAAAGCAGCAGGAGGCCGAUUUGCGUUGGUGUUAAAAGCUUUAGGCCGUGCUGCUGUUUCUCAUUAUAUUAGCAGCGAUGCGGGCAAGCUAUGAGCUGAGGUCAGCAGAAAGCUAACGACAUACGGACAGCAGCACCUCUUUAAGAUGUUUCUCACAUCCUCGCUCAGUGGGGAAGCAAAAUUUAAAUAUGUAUAUUUGUGCAGUUUCAGGGUUUUCCAUGUUUCUUGUUUGUGAUGGCGUUUAAAAAUUCUUGCUGUUCGUAACCUCUGUGUUGAGCCAUUUACAUACUGCUGAGACUGUAGACUGCUGAAAAAGAUAAAUUUGACUUUUGCAGUCACCACUUAAUCACUGCACGGCUGAAAAAUUGCUUUAUUUGCACAACUGUAGACAUGCCAACACUGACUUGUUACGUUAUAAUACAGAUUUGUGAAAUGCUCAGUUCGCUGCCAAAGAGCACAAAUCAAACUUAAUCCAGUAAAUGGCAGCUUUUUCUCCUGCGUGUUUUCCUUUUCUAAGGAGAAAGAAAGACGACAACGUCACCUUCGAUACGGUCUGCCACAGCCCGUCUCAGAAGCUGUACGGUUUGGUCCUGGAGGAUCACAACAACAGCAAGUGUGAGAUGAAAGAGAGAAAGGGCAUGGGUUCACAGUUCUUUAUCUGCUCCUGCUCAGUGGACGAGUGCAAUGAACACGUCUUCUUCAACUCAAGUAAGUUAAGACACGAUUAUUUCACUCUCUUCUCCACCUCUCAAACUUUCAAACAACAUUCAUUCUUGUAAUUUUACUUUUUGAUAUGAUAUGAUGGGGAUUGAACAACGUGCAGUGACUGAAAACUCCUGGCUGUAGCGAAUAGUUGAACAAUUUUGAGAAAUGUGUUUAUGGCUUCACGGGUAAGAUGGGAUGAUUGACACUGUUGUCAUGUCAGUAGGUUAAAUAAAGCGCUACAGCAUCCUCAGGACCAAAAUGUGAGCAUGUGCCUUGUAGCGAGCUUGUGUUGUUGAAGGUUACUGAACUAGCAAACCAAACAAGCCAAUAACAAAACUGACUCGUUUACAAGUCCAGUAAGGUGUUAACCCUUUUUUUCCCAGUCAUAAUGAUAAGCUAAGUUUUUCAUUACUGCUAGAAUCACUUAGUAAUGUAAUGAAAUGUGGUGCAAUGUGAUACUAUCACAUAUUAAUAUAAUGUAAUUCAGUAUGAUGCAAUGGAUAUGAUGCAGUAUGGUAAAAAUGUAAUUAAACAAAAUCUGAAGCAAUACAAAGAUGCAAAAUACUACAACAUAAUACAAAGUAAAAAUGGUACAAAGCAGUAUGAUACAUAACAGUACUGUACUGUCGCAUUACGUUACGUCACUUUAUGCUAUGUUACUUUACGCUACUUUACACUACGCUAUGUUAUGCUAUUUUACAUUAUGUUAGGUUAAGUUAUGUUACAUUACAUUGUGUUGUGUUACAUUACGCUACAUUGCAUUCUGUUAUAUUACGCUACGUUACAUUACGCUACGUUAUGUUAUGUUACAUUGCGCUACAUUACGUCACGUUACACUAUGUUACGAUACAAUAUGCUAGGAUGGAUAUAACAAAUAUGAUGCGUUAUGUUACACCACAAUAUGAUAAGUUAAGAUAUGAUAUGAUAUUGUACAGCACAACACAACAUGAUACGAUACAAUACAAUAGGACAGAUACGACAGAUAUUAUAAGUUACAUUUCAACACAAUAUGAAACGAUACCAUAUGAUUUAGAUUUGACACAAUGAGUCAGUCUUGACCGACUAAACAAUGUUAUACCUUUUCUUCUCUUGUCUGUCGCUCUUGCCCGAGUACAGUUUAUUUGCAGUUGAGUUCUAGCAGGACAUUUUUAUAUAUGUUUGAAAAAAUCAAUGUAGUCAUGGUCGACCUAAUACUGUUACGCCACCUCCUAUCAGCUUGUUAUGCAUGAAUGCAAACACAUGUCCACCAUAACACUCCAGAUACAUGAUUACCAACAGGCUCAGGAAACAUUGACUGGUAGAAUCUGGUUACAACAUUGGCCCUGGAAUCAGAUGUAUUUUGACUACAGCAUCUAGGCAGUAAUAAUAACACUGAGGUACGUCUCUGCGACCUGGCUGUGCACAAAUUGAAAGCAUCUGCACAGUGCAAAUCACGUAAUGGAAAUACAACAGCUCGCUGCCGAGAAUGUCUGUGCUCUCUCUGUAACUUCCCAGCAACUUUCAUGAGACAGUGUUGUAAUGAAGGAGCAGUGGCAGAAAUAACAACGGUGAGGCAACAAUAGCAGUGGACUUCAAUUAAUUUCUACCAGCUUGCGAGUAGUGUCUCAUUGUUUUGUUGCUCUGAUUAAACUCUUGCCUACAGAAAUCUUGUUCCCAUGACAGGCGGAUAAAUAUAGGACACUGCAAAAACAAAACAGCCAGGACACAAGUUAGAGGAAGUCCCGGGUCCCAUGUCAGCUGACUUAUUUCGGAGUUCUUGCACAUGUAAGCCAAUGGGCCUUAUGUUUGUCAGGAUGGCACAUACAGAAUUUAUUUGUACUGGCAAGAGGGAUUCAAGGGAGACCAGAUUUGGGAACAGGAAGCUUGUAAAGAGAGGUGACUGUCUUAAAUAUUUAUCAAUCAUGAAUCUGUUAGUAGAGCUUAAAGUUUAAAGCUCCUGUGAAGAGUUUUAAACUGGUCGUAAAAUAGACUACAUUUUGUAUUAUUGCCUCCCUGUGACCCAAAAAAACAAACAAGACCAUUGAGAGGAAGGGUGACUAUCUUUAUUUUGUUAUUUUUAAAGCCAGAAACUAUAAGCAGGGGGUAGGGUUGCCAUACUAAGAGACCAAUCUAAUUCACUGUUAAAUAAAGUGGAGUGUGCCCACGAUGCAAAGCAUGCUUUCAUUUUCACAUCCAACUGUAGGUCUUAAUCGCUUGUCACCACAUCCUCACCUCCUGAAUUUAACAGUAAAACUCACUCACAGUAACCUUUCUCCCCUGAACAUUUAAUAAUUCAUACUUUUUUGUGAGUGCUUUGGCCAAAGCCGAGCGAGUUCAGGAGGCACAGUGACAGAUCUGUUGUGAGAAAUAGCUUCUUAUUCAGUGAGAAUAAAAACAAACUGUCCGGGGCCGUGUUGAGGAUUUCAGACAUGUGGUUUCCUGUUUAGUAAAAAGAAAAUAGAGAGAAGCUGAGGGUUUGACUGGGCUGGGACCUCCUCUGUUAUUUUAACCCAUCUCUUUUCUCACAUCUGCAGUCUCCUCACGAAUGAUAUUCACUUAUAAUGGUAAACUUUUAAGCAUACAGUGUUUGAAAUCUAAAGAAAAGCCCAAGAAAGUCACGAGGCACUUAAGGAGGUAGACACUGUGUAAAAGAUUAAAUUCGGAGCUCAUCAAACUGCGGACCAAUUUGGGUUUUCUGUCUAGAAAAAUAGCUUUUAUAAGCUUUUUUUUAUGGCUGCAGUCUGAAAAACUGCUCCUUAAACACAACACAAGCAUAAACUUUCACUGUUUGCCAAAAACGCAGCAGCUCCCAGACACACCGCGGCUAAAAUUGUAAGAAUCAGACACACUGUAAAGGGAAACAAUAUGUGGUUGGCUGGGUCAGGGUUUGGAGCACUUUGCCUUUGUGGCCCGAGCGCUAACUUUAGCUUUUAGAUGCUUCCAGACAUUCCACAGGAGGGGGGUCAGUUUGCCCCGCUGUUCUGAGGAUAUUAAUUUACUCCUAACUAGAUGCUGCUGAUACAAUCUGCUGAGACGGAAUUUGAGUUUCAUUUCUUUUUUAUUCUGGGAGACAAAUUGGGUUUUUUUUCUUUUUUUUUUGUAUUUAUAGUCAUUCCAAAACGCACAAGUGGAAAAUUACAGUGUUUGAAAGGGGCUUAGAAAAUGUUCACACAGAGACAAAACCACAAAUCCAAGCCAAUCAUAAAACGUCCGGUUGUUUUUAAAUUACAAAUUAGAUGGAAAAUAAAGCUAUUAUUAAACUUUUCAGUGUUUUAAACAGCAAAUCAAGUGUCAAAUAUGCAUAAACAGCCUUUAAUUCUAUAAUAACUAUAUCUGCUUACACAACUGAAAUGACGUAACCAAAGGUUAGGAGCAGCUGCAGAGAAAGUGUGUUGAAGUCAUAUUAAAACUCUUUAUCAGACAUAGACGAUGGACUUUUUAAAGCUGUAUUUCCUGUUUAUAACCACAUAGGCAGCAACACUCACAUAUCACUAAAUACUGCAUUCACUCUCCUUAUUUAGUUCUCUUUGGAUCAGCACCGUUCCUUUGGUUAAUUUCUACUUAAACCUCCUGGAGUGAGUUUGUAUCUAAUAUAAAACAGACUGAAUCAAAUAUUAAUGUUUCUUUUUAUUCUUUUAGUUUCGUUUAUUGUGACAGAGACAGCAUACAGCCUUUCAGCUGUACUAGAGUUAGCCUCAAGCUAGUCCACAUAACCACUGUGCAACAACACCAGGAACCUUCACAGUGACAUUAACUGUAUAAUUUUAAAUUAGGAUAUCAAAAUGUUAGAAGCUAAAAGCACUACAGUAUAAAAACAACUUCACAAUAAUGCACUAUUACUCCACAGCUUGUACUUCCCACAGUGGAGUACACCUACACCUAUGAAAAUACUAAAAAAGCUGAAUGCAAAUUUACACAGAUUCAAAACAAACUAAAAUAUCUUAAAAAUGCUCCGAUUUAUUCACCACCUAAUAGUUUAUUUUGUCAGUUUCUGGUUUAGAGAUGUGAAUUUAUUCCAAAAGGAUAUUAUUAGACUGAUUUUGUUGUAAUCAUACGCAACAGGGUUUAUGAAAAGGAGUCGGUAACACUCUAUUUGACGCCUAUCUCUAUAACACAUUAUAAAUAUAUGUAUAAUGCAUUAUAAUCACACUACAGCAUUGUGUAACUACAGUUAUAAACACUCAUAAAUGAUCGUAAUGCUUUAUAGCUAUAAUCAUGACACAUUAUAAAGCAUUUUAUCAUGACUUACAAGGUCAGGUAUUAUAAUGUGUUAUAACUGACCUUGUAAGUCAUGAUAAAAUGCUUUAUAAUGUGUCAUGAUUAUAGCUAUAAAGCAUUAUGAUCAUUUAUGAGUGCUUAUAACUAUAGUAUUACAGUGUUAUAGUGUGAUUAUAACACAUUAUACAUAUAUUUAUAAUGCGUCAUAGAGAGGCGUCAAAUAAAGUGAUACCGAGGGGCCAAACAGUAGCGUUAGCAUAAAACCAAAACAAUGAGCUGAAACAGGUUAAAACACUCAAACAGGGGCCGCUGAGUUGAGGUUUGAUUCUUCACAUCAUCUUUUGUCCUUUCAGACAUGGAUUCCCAGGUGGUUGCGGUCAUCUUGGUGAGCCUGGUGCCCUUGCUGGUCAUGGCGGUCGUCGUCAUCACUUCCUUCUACUGCUACAGGGUCUACCGCCAACGUCAAGCCAGCUCCAAACGCAAGAUGGACUUCAGCGACGCUCACGCCAUCAUGAUAGACGAAGAAGGUUCAGACAGCAGCUCCACGCACGCCAACAACCUCAACCACAACACGGAGCUGCUCCCCAUCGAGCUGGACGUCCAGGUCGGGAAGGGGCGCUUCGCAGAGGUUUACAAAGCCAAGCUGAAGCAGGGCUCCACUGUGAGCGAGGAGCAGGGCUUCGAGACCGUCGCUGUUAAGAUUUUCCAGUAUGAGGAGUACGCAUCGUGGAAGAAUGAGAAGGAAAUAUUCUCAGACGCCGAUUUGAGGCAUGAAAAUGUGCUUCACUUCCUGACAGCAGAGGAGAGGAAGGUGCAGAGACAGUACUGGUUGAUAACAGCCUACCAGCCGAGGGGGAAUCUGCAAGAAUACUUGAUUCACCACAUUGUCAACUGGCAUGACCUGUGGCUGCUCGGGGGUUCACUAGCCCAAGGAGUGGCUCACCUCCACAGCGACCACACCCCCUGUGGCCGCUAUAAGAUCCCCAUCGCUCACAGGGACAUUAAGAGCUCAAACAUACUGGUGAAAAGCGACCUCACGUGCUGCCUGUGCGACUUUGGCCUCGCCCUCCGCCUGGACAACACUCUAUCUGUGGACGAGUUAGCAAACAGCGGGCAGGUGAGGCCUCUUUUAAUCCUAUAUUUGGGAGUUUAAUUUAGUUUUUCUUGGCUUCGGUCCCUGCAGAGAUGAAAAAAGAAAAAAAAAACUCCUCCUCUGUUAUAAUUUGCACUGGCACCCCAGACACAAACCAAUCGAACCCUGUGGUUUAUAUCUUUGAAGUUAUCAGACCGUGAAAAGAGCCGCGCUAUCAAUCAAACUUUCAUUCCUGAUCUCAUCACUCAGGGACACCAUCUCUAAAUAUUAUACACUCCCUCUAUCUUGCCCCCUGAUGGAUAAUGCUGAUAGAAACAGUGCUGUAAGUGUUCUUAGGGUUGAUGUUAUAUUAUACUCUCAUAACAAACAGGCCUGAUUGAUUCUUAAUGGACUCAUUACCCUGAUGUAAUAGGCAAGAGUCUUAUUACACUCUGUUAUGAGAAUGAGUCAUUAUGAAAAGGCUUCACCCUUUGCUGCGCAGCACACCUAAUGCAUUGUAAUUCCUUCACUACAUUUUCAAGUGAGCAGCCCGUAAACUCAUUUUCCAAGGUUGUUAUUAUGUUCAGACAAGCGGCGUGCUGUUGUUCGCAGAGCUACCUUUGUUUUUCCAAUCAUGUCAUACAUCAAACGUGGUUUAAUUCAGGUAAAUGUGAGAGGACGCAUUACCGCGGCAGGUAAAUAACACCGGAUACCUUUUGCAUGUAUUUUGUUGAAAACAAAAAUAGUAAUUGGUUUCAAACGGCUUUAUUUUUUAGGGGCCGUAGCAUUUUGUUUAAGACAUGAAUUAUACAUCAGGUUAUAAUGAUGCUCUUUGAUCACACUGGAUUUUUUUUUUCCCUUGUUUGUUUUCGUAGGUGGGAACAGCCAGGUACAUGGCCCCCGAGGUGCUGGAGUCCAGAAUCAACCUAGAAAACAUCGAGUCUUUCAAACAGGCUGAUGUUUAUUCCAUGGCUCUUGUGCUGUGGGAGAUCAUCUCCAGGUGUAGCGCAAUUGGAGGUAAGAUGUGAUCAGAUACACAUGGGCUCAGGAUGAAUCGCGGCUUUGAGCUGGAACUUUAUAGCAUUGUUUGUUUUUGGUGUCUUGGCUCCGGCUUCUCGCGGGUUUAUGUUGCGUGCAGAAAACAGCGGAGUGAUGAGAUGAUAUCUUAAGCCCUGUGUAUCCGGAGCCUGCAGGUGGAUGCUGCAGGGUUGAAAGGAAGCGCAGGUGCGGUGCAGCGCAAGUGCAGAGCAGUGAUUGUAAUAGUACGGCAGAGAGAGUGACUGGACUUUGUAGAUUUUGAGAGGGUCAUUGUGAGGACGAAUGUGAAAUCAGUGCAUGACAGACCCAGUAGGAGGAACAACGUCAUGGUUGAACAGGAUCAGUUUAGUCUUAUUAUCCCAUCAUAGGAAAUUAGUGCGUUUACUUUGUAAACCCGAGUACAUCAGGAUUCUCUUCUAAGAUGGCAGAAGGAUCAUGAGAUGCCACAUCUGCUGAAACUAAUGAGAACAUUUCGCCCUCUCCGUAAACUGUUAAAUCGAGCUUUUAAUGAAUUACCCGUGAAUAAAAAAGAUUCCAGAGGGAUUAACUAAAUAAAUAAAAGCUUUAAAAACCAUGUAUGGAUUUUACAAGCUCUUGAGUUAACAACAAUGUUGACGCUCAUAAUUACAUAAAAGAGCAUUUGUGAUACACCUUGAGCUUGUCCCUGCACUGACAACACUGAGAGAAGUACUCACUAAGAGACCUGAGGAAAUGUCUUGCUUGUAUUGUCCUCCAGAUAUUCCCUCUCUCUUAAAACUAUCUAAAUUCUUGAGACAUGGACUCCUCUAAAGAAGGGGUGGAAAAGUUUUACAACUUUUUUUCUCUGAGAAUUUAGAUCAAGAUAUUAUUCUGUUGGCUCAGCACAGUCUGUUUGUCAGAGGAAACUGAAAGCGAGGAACAGAAAUAAGGAAUAGAGAAAAUGGACAUCUUGACAUAGACCUGAGUGGGGUUUCUUUUGUUUUUGGUGCCUCAAGUGGAUUCUUGUGGAAGUGCUUCUGCAUUAGUUUCACUUUUUAUCACCAGAGUUUGCUGCUUUAGGUAGAUACAGUGGUUUCCAAGUAGGGCUGGGCGAUACGGCCUCAAAUCAAUAUCACGAUAUAUCGAGCAGUUCACCUCCAUAGCGAUAAAUGGACGAUAACUGCUCCACAAGCUGCUCACCUCCUUCUAUAUUAACUUCAGCCACUAAAACUUUUGAACCGUCCUCCAUCUCCUCACCUGUCUUUCCCUCCUUCGAUGGGGCGGAGUCACGUCUCUGAUGUAGGACAGCGUCUUAAAGGGACAUGAGACCAUAGCCUACCUACACACAUCCAAAACCAACUUUUAUUUAUUUAUUUAUUUAUUUUUGAAACCAAAUAUACUGAUAUGGGCAAAAUGACGUUGGUGAUUGUCAUAAAUUUCGGGAUCUGUAAAUUUUCGGUUUAUCGCCCAGCCCUAUUUCCAAGUAAACAAAUAGUCCAGUUCAAUAUCCUGUUUUAAAGCUCCAACAUGAGGUCUGACUGGAAUGCAGGGCUGACUUGUUUCUUUAAGUGUUAACAGAAUAGGAAAUGGCAUAUCCCCAAAAAGUUGGAACUUUCCUUUAUGACUUUUACUUCCCGGCUUCAUCACACUCUCCGUAUCAUUUUCAAACCUGCUACUUCUGUCUGAUGCGCUAAAAGCUCUGUAGAAGCACACAAACAUCAUUUGUGACCUUUCCUGUGGUUAAUAAUCGAGAUAACCACGUUUUCCUGCUAAAUUAGAGAUUAGCCUUGACUGCUGAGCGUAGAGGAAAUCAAUAGCAGCACUGAUUGAUGAAACUCCCUCUGGAGUGCAUGUAAAUAUCCUCAGAAAUACUGUAAAAAGAUAAAGCUCGUUUGACCUUGAAGACUACAAGCACACUAACCAUUUACCAAUUAGGAGCUCAGUGACAGAGUCCGGCUUGAAUUCACUCAAUCGAUGUGAUCCAGGAUGUAUGUGCGUGUCGUCAGCGGCCCAUUAAUCACUGUGGGAACCAAAUCAAGCGGUGCCAAACACACGAUCCAUCUUGCAGAAGUCUCAAGGAUCAGCCUUCACUUCCCUAAUGUACCGUCACGUUUGUCAUGCAGUUGCAAAAACAAGGUCAGGAAAUGUGCGAAUAAUAGAAAUGGGCGAUUAUCUGAAGGCGAACCACAGAGCAGUAUUUCAUGUCAGCAUUCAACCAUUUGUUUUUGCUUCCUCUUGGUGUCUCUGGUGGUCUCGCUCGUUUUCUGUGACGGCUUCUGUCUCCAUUGUGUCAGAGCGGUGAUUGAACGCCGGGUUUUGGGCACCAACGUUUCUACUUUGGCGUUUUCCUGUUUUGAUCCUCCCAGGAGGGCCUCCCCAGAAUGUGUCGCACUGUUACGCUGCCCGAGAGCCCUCCUAAGAAACAACACGGCUGUUUGACCCACAAUCCCCCUUUUUGCUUUUCCUUCCCAGCAGCAGGAAUAUGUGUGCCCUGUGGGUACACCUCUGCAAAGAAAAUAGACUAUUUCCUGUUUUGCAAAGAAGCACAAUCCCCAAGACGUUCUGUUCUCUGACUGGAGUUUUAAGUAUGGAUGUCUGCUUUAAAUGAGGAUGUUUUGUGGGGAACAUCUCCUGAGACCGGAGUAGACAGGAUACAAGUUGGUGAAGAUGGACUAAAUGAAUCCAGGCUCACUGGGUGAAGGGUUCUGCGGCUUUGCCAUUUCCUUUUUUGGAGGUUUGCAGGACAGCAGCUCCAUUCAUCCUACUCAUCCGCCUCAGUCCAUGCCAUGUCUUCUUUUACUUGACAUGUAUUCAGAUGUGGACAAAUAAAAAGCCUUCGCACAGACGCUAACUUCACUCGCUCCUCACGCAGAAACUGUGCCGCUCUUUGAAUCCAAACUUUUCAGCUCUCGCUCUCUCUACACUCUCCCCCUCUCUCUCUCCGUGCUUGUCUGUCUUCCUCCCCUUCUUCCCUCAGGCAGGUGAGGCAGCAGUUAAUUACUCUCCCACUGCACUGCUGCACAGUAGAAAGACAUCGAGCUUUACUCAUGUCGGCGCAGACAGACAGGGCACGCUUGGAUUUACUGGAGUGAGGUGAAACAGACCAGAAUAGAGAUUUAAGAUAGAGACAGCUGGAAUAUAGAGUGUGUAUUUUUGUAUCACUCCAUUAGUUUUAUCUGAACUUGGCAUCUCUUCAAGUGGAGCAGAGGGGUGAAAUCUGCGGGUCAUUAGGACUAAAAUCCAAGGAGAAAUUCUCCUGCGGAGAAGGUUAGGAUUGAAGAAAAAGCACAGGCGGACUCCUGCCUCGACGGACCCUGAGGGAAGUGGGAAGAAUGAGGUUCGUAAAUGAGAUGCAGACAGUUGGGAAAAAUAAUUCUCCUGCGCUGGCAGAAAUCUGGUAUUGAUUCUGAAAUCAGAGCCCUAUGAGAGUGAAUCUGACAUGUUUACAGACUGGUCUCGAAGACUUUCAAGCUUUCACGCUUCUUGUUUUUCCUCAAGUUGCCAACAUGUUCCUGGAAGUCAGUGAGUCACAAAAACACCCCGAAAAACUCACCUCACAAGAGACAAAACAAGAACACAUGUAUGCUACCCGCUGAAAUUCAUGGUGACACAUCCCAGGGCGUCAUUAUAAUGACUGAGGGUGAAGCCCUGCUUUCCUCUCGUCUCUGCUGAAAACUUUCUGUGUACAUGCGUGUGCGAGGAGACGACAGAUGUCUGAUCAGCUCUCUGUGCCACAUAGCUCCCCGUCACAGCUCCUGAGGCCGUGGUCUGAUCUGAGAUCUGCCAGGCGAGAAGAACACAGCCGGCUGUCGUCAGCGCCAGUCAGCCAGCCAUGAGCCAUCACUUUUCAGUCUUCAUCUCCUCCGACUAUAAAGACCGAGGAAACGUUGAGAACUGAGAGAUCGACGCAUCUCAGAAGGAAGCAGGAUCUGGAUUCAAAGCCUCAGUCCUUUUUUUAUCUCUGCCUCUGUUCUCUAAAAUGUCUCUCCUGUAUAAUUUAGCCGAUCCAGAUUUAGGGCUUGGAGAGACUACGAGGGCGUUCCUCGGGCGGGUGGGGUUAUGUAGAGGGAUAAUGGUGGAGCGGUGUUGUUGUAUGUGGAGCUGCAGAGGGAGAAAUGCCUUCAUUCCCAGAGGAAGAGGUUGGGCUAGACGAGAGAGGAGAAGAGGUGAGGGCAGCUGCUCUCCAGAUGUCAGACUGUCGACUCCUUUAGGGCUAAACGUCUGGUGUAUGUGGGGUCUACCAUAGUCCACAUUCAGGGGCGAAUCCUGGAUUUGGGGUUUUUUAAUAAUAGAAAAUAUGUCUGCUAAAAUUAGAAAGGGUGAGUCAGCACCACAUGUCCACAACUAAGUCCUGCUAACAUGUAACCCUCAUACAUACAUCUGUACUAAAUGACUUUAACAACCUGCGAGGAACACAAACAAGUGUCAGAGCCACCGCAGGCUAAUGAAAACCAGCCGAGGAAGGCUGAGAGAGAGGGAUCACUCAUGAUUUUUGUUCCAGACUCCGAGAGUCUUGACGAUGUUAUUGUGAUCAUGUUACUAAUUUAUUUCCAAACACAUGUUGUAGCUCUGCGGGGAGCUAUUUCUCUGCAUUAUUUAUGUGUUUAGGUGACGGGUUUCUCUUCUGUUUUCUGUAUUUAUGCUUUGUUGAGCAGAAUUAGAGAAGAAUGUGAGCUCAGGAGGGCAGCGGGACAAGAAUAUCAAACAAUAUUUCAAAUGCAGGCGCUUAUUAUGUGAGUUUUCAACCGUGCAGGAAGGAUUUAGUGUUUCUUUCCUGUCUGUUUGGUGGAUUUGGACUAUAAAUAUACGUACUAUAUGUAUUUGUGUUAUAAUGAAAAAAGGAAAUGUCAGUUCAUAGCUGAGCUGGAGUUCAGAUCAGCACUCAGCUUGUAUAAAGAUGUCAAAAUUAUUCAUCUCACAAAACAGUUAAGGUUUCCACAAUUUCCAGCUAAAAAAGACUCACUAGAGCUUUUAUAGUUGGACCGUUCAGCGGGUUUUUGCCUCUAUUAUUGUUCAAACUUGAAUCAAACUUAAAAAUUCAAGACAGUCGUGAAGUUUGAGAGCGGUGGACUUUAUCUCUGUGAACCUGGCCUCUGCUCUCCCCUGACAAUCCUGCGCAAACAUGACUGCCCUCUCACGGUUAUAGAUCAUAAAGCCACUGAGGGGCGACAUUUACGAGGAAGUGUCCGCAGUCUUAAACUGUAGCUUAAUUUAACAGAGCUUCUCUUGGCUGCAGAUCCUCCGACAGUUUGUGCAGCCGUGCCUGACAGGCGGCGUGAGAAACAGGCAUUAAGGAUGAAAUAUGUGCGCGCUGUGUGAAGCUCACAUCUCUGCGUGUCAGCUGUCGUAGGAGACACAGUGUAAGUUCCCCAUUGUUACUCUGCUGAACGUGUCAUAUUGCUUCGCAGAAAUCUUGUCAAUAUGCAGCGUACGACUUCUGCACAGCACAGCAUUACACCCCCCUCCCGUCCUGUGCUGUGUUUACAGAAAGCUUUCGCCAGUUCAGACUUUAAUUCACGGUUUUGCCUGGAAAACCCAUCUUUACUUUUGGAGCAAGAUUGACCAAUCUUUCCACCCUGGAGUACACACUUUUGUUUACUCUGCAAGUUCUCCGAGAGAUUCAUCAUUUUUUUUUUUUUUUUUGGCCUCAUUGUUUGGAGAUGAACACACAAACAUGUUUGCACAACAGUUUACAGAGUGGGUUUCAGUCCAGAGUACAGUUGUACACUUCCUCAGAGCUGUCAAAACAAAACGAAACAUCUGUCUCCUUCACGCUGAAAUACUGAAAGGUGUUUGGCUGACGCUCAGUUUAAGUUUUAACACCAAAACCAGAGAAACUGUGCCUGUAAAUAGAAAAAAGGAAGUUCAGUUUUUGUCUGUUUUGCGUUCAUCAAAGUCCCCGAAGAGUCAGACAGGUCGAUGUCUGUGAGCUUCGACUUCCUCUGAGAGUUUUCAGCACGAGUGAAAACGAAACCUCUGUGUGGUUCAGCUUUUAAACUAAUCAGUGGAUGAUCUCAGAUUACAUUCAGUGGCUAAUGCUCGCAAGAUGUUGAAAAUGAGCAUGAGUGCAAGUUGUUUUUGUGUUUCAGUCCUGGUUAUAAAACAGUUUGAUGGAUGCCAAGAGGAAAUGUAACAUCCAGCCCGUGCUGAAUCACCUGUAAACUCUAGAGUGGGUGUGUGGUAGGGCUGGGCGAUAAACCGAAAAUUUACCGAUACUUAAAUUUACGACAAUAACCGACGUCUUCUUGCCCAUGUCAAUAUAUUCAGUGUCAAAAAAAAUAAAUGAAUAAAAGUUGGUUCUGGAUGUGUGUAGGUAGGUUGUGGUCUCAUGUCACUUUAAGACACUGUCCUACAUCAGAGACAUGACUCCACCCCAUCCAGUCUGUAUCAAAGAGGGAAAGACAGGUGAGGCUGAAGUAGGUGAAGUUAAUGUGGGAGGGGGUGAGCAGCUUGUGGUGUAGUUAUCGUCCAUUUAUCGUUAUUGAGGGAAACUGCUCAAUAUAUUGUGAUAUUGAUUUGAGGCCGUAUCGCCCAGCCCUAAUGCGUGGGGUUACUCAGGGUUGGACUUUAAUGUUGUCCAUGGAUGGACAGAGAUAAAUGGAGAAACUGAAAGACAGAUAUUUUGACAAUCCUGAGAGGAAAGUCAGCUUACAAGACGCAGGACACACAACUUCAUGAUCCUACCUGCGGCCGUGGAGUAUUGCUUCACAUCACUUGAAGUUAGUUUUUGCUUUUACUAGAUAGGACAGCAUGGCCGGGAGUUGAACGAUCAAUUGCUGCAACAAGGAUUAUAGCCUCUGCACCAAAUACACGAUUCACUUCUGUUACAUCUUUCAAAUCAGCGCCACCCCAGCCUCACUGGGGACUCUGUGCUCCCUGACAAGCCAAGGCAUGCUGCUUUGUUAACUAGAGGUACAACCUCUAAAACUGAACCCGUGUUUGUUUGUCACUGACGUCCUCAUCAUUCGUCAUCAGUUCUUACUCAGGCUCACACUUUCCCAACUUAAUACUUUUAUCAUCGUUGUGCAAUAACGGGUUCUGUCAGCUCACUCUGUCAUGUCCGAGCUUGUAUUUAGAGCUGAAAACUUAAGUAAUACUAUUCAGCAUGCGCUCUCAGAGGAUAUGUUUGACUUUAAAGGAGGGGAAAUUAUAAAGGUGUCCAUUCUCAUUUGAGAGGAAUCAUCAAUCGUCAAAGCAGAAACUUGGUUUAAAGUUUUGAAGCCGCCCAAAAUAAACUUGAUCUGUUUUCUCUCCAAAGUUGUUCAUCUGUCUCCGUCUGGUCUCCUUGUCUUUGUCUGCUGUUUCAUCUCCUGGUCAUCUCACGAACCUGAGAAUAAUUUACUUCAACAAUCUCCUCUCAGUCUUGUGCCUCAUCUGAUCUGGGUCUGUUCUGAUCUCGAGCGAAUCUCUGAAACGUGUGUUUUCUUUAAUCGAGCCCUUCACGCUUCAAAGUAAAUUGGAGUUUGAUUUGUUGUUUUACUCUGAAGACUCACAAAAAGAGAACUCGUGUGUGGAAACUCUUGACCCUACAGCUCUCAGACUAUAUUCUCCACGCCAGGGCUUUGAAAUCUCACCCAGAGUAAACUCUAUGGCUAAAUUGCCCCGACAAGCACUCCGGACGAUGUUGUGUAAGAGAGCUGACACAAAGCCAGAGCUGCACUGGUGAGAUACUUUAAGCUCCUUGACGCUGAGGGUAAAAAUGUGAUAAUAAUAAGUGUUUCUCUUCAGCAAAUCUUCCCCUCGGCCUUUCUUCAGCAGCAGAGGAUUCUGAGGUUGUUUGUGCUGCUUGGAUGCUAUUUAAAGUUGCAACCUGCAGUUUUAAUUUAGAGCGCACAGUGAAUCCUUUGAGAGGUGUUGUUGAUGUGAGCGCUGUGGGACUCUGCCAUCUGAUCUAGUCCCUCUUCUUCACAGAGCUGUAUCUUUUAGUAGUAGCAGGGAACCUGCCUCAGAGUUCUUUGCUCGUAUAAUAAAACUGAGAGUUCACCGCUUUCAAAAUGUCAGUGACGAAGUUUUCUGUGUAUUUUUCCGGUGUGUUUGUGUUCACACAGAGGUGAAAGAGUACGUGCCGCCCUUUGGGAACCUGAGGGAACACCCGUGUGUGGAGAGCAUGAAGGACAGCGUUCUCCGAGACAGAGGGCGACCUGAGAUCCCCAACAGCUGGAUCAACCACACUGUAAGAGGCGCCAUACAUACAUACAGACAUACAGACAUACAUACAUACAUACAUACAUACAUACAUACAUACAGACAGACAGACAUACAUACAUACAUACUGCCCUGAAACAUCAUCUGUGAACAAGUGCAGUCAUGUAGGACUAAAGAUUGGAAAGUAUGGAAAUAAAUUGGAUCAAUUUCCAUGUUUUAAAAAGUAUGGGAAUUGAAAAAUAAAGUAUGGAAAAGUACUUGUGUUUUCAGACUAUUAUACUCAAGAUUUCUAUUAACACCCUGUUUCCCUCAAGACCCUGUCGACUGCUGGAUAUUCCUAUUACUGUGUUUAAAUAACAAAUUCUGGAGCUAAAACAAAAAUAGUGAAAAAAUAAAAACAAGUAAGUGCUGGAAUUUGGGUUUUGUAGAUCUUGAAAUAUAUAAGAUGUUGAGAAAUAAGAAGUAAAAAGAGAAUAAGUUAAAUGAACUACUGUACGUUAAGAGAAAUACAUGUAGACAAGUCCCUGAAAACUGAGGAAGUCCAUAAAAGAGAUAAAAAUUUACACUGUAUGAUUAUAAAACAUCACAGAUAAAGUGUUUCCAGACUAUUAAAACGCUAAAACACUGUUUUGUUUUUUUAAUAGAAAGGUAGAUUUCCAAAAAUAAUUUUAAAAAGUAGGAUAUCGAGAAGUUUGGAAAUUCCAGCAGUGUAGGAAUCCUGGGUAUAUCUUGUUCUUUCUUCUUUUUUUAAAUGUAGCCUCAUUCUGAAAAAACUGUGGAGUGUCCCCCCCCCCCCCCCCCCCAAAAAAAAAAAAAAAGUCUGAAAUUAAAAAAAGGGUCUGUAAUUACUGCACUAAUGUAAAACUUGCAGUAAAAGUUCCAUCACUCUUAAUAAAUGAGUAAAGGUGUAAAACACAGGUAGAUUGGAUCUUUAGUAAACAGUAAAUGCACUCAGUUUAAAAAUGUUAAUCUGGUGCUAGAACAGCUACAGUUAAUGUCUCACACACACAAAUGGGAAUGAAAUCAAGUGCAAUGAAAGGUCUGCGAUGUUAGACUGUUGUAAAGAAGUACAAAUUAGGGACAAUUAGAAUUAAUGAGAUGAUGGCUUCAUCUGCCUUUGACUUCACUUUUGAUUUAAUUACUUCUCAUAAAUAUCAGCAAUGUGCCUCCAACUUCUCCCAUUGUGAGGUUAGAGGCAGAAAUACAGCCAUGAUGGACACUUACAUACAGUUUUAUUCAGAUAUAACAUUGAAGUUCCCUCAGGUUGAAACAGUCCACACCUGAACAUUUUCUUAUGUUGAUUUGGAGGUUAAAUUAAGUUCAUAGAUGUUUAUUUUUCUUACCAUUUCUCCUCUCCUCGUCUAGUAGAGGACACUUCUUCACCAGGUGCAAUUAGGGGUUCAGUAUCUUCCCCCAAGACGCUUCGAUAUAUAGACAGGAGAAAUAAAGACUGAACCCACAGAUCCUCCGAUUUGUGGUCGAUAUGCUCUACCUCUGAUCCACGGCCAGCUUCAAAUAACACACCGGGAAACAGGAUAAACAAUUCAGUGGGCCAAUCAACCAUAGUCAGUACCUGCCAAUAGUCCAGAGAAGAGCGGGAAUUAACAGUGUGUUUCUGUUAUUCUGUCCACUUUAUUUAUAGCUGUGUGGGUAGGCUGAUUGCAGCUCAACAGCAUCACAACCUACAGCUUCUACAUGAUCAUCAGCACCUCUCUAACAGCGAAAUUCUACAGGAUCUUCUUUGAUUCCUCCUUUUUCAAUAAAAAAAAUUCACCAGUACAUAAACAAGGACAGAUAACACAAUCAGAGGUGAUGGUACAACUUUUAUGUCUCGUAUUGACAGCCUUUGUCUUCCACUGCUCCCCCUGCAGGGCAUCCAGGUGGUGUGCGCCUCCAUAGAGGACUGCUGGGACCAUGACCCAGAGGCCCGUCUCACGGCGCAGUGUGUCGCCGAGCGUUUCAACGACAUGGAGUACCUGGACAAGCUGUCUGAACGCUCCGACUCAGAGGAGAAGAUCCCCGAAGAAAUCUUCGUGGUGGAUGAGAAGUAGAGCUCGACAGAAACACCGCCCUCUUAAGGGCGGGAGGAGGAAUUACAACCAAGUGGCUAGGAGAGGGAGAAUCCCGGUGGAUGUAACGUUUGCUGUGAAAACGUCAGAGGUGAACGACGAAGUGCAAACUGGAAAAUUGUUAAGAUGAAACAAGACGUGGACGUGUUUGGAACAUGAAUAUGAACAGCAGAGACUGACUAUUUACAUUUCUUUAACAAGCUUUAAGGACUGGAUCAAGUCAUAAACAAACAGGGAAUUUCCAUUAUAAAGCUUUUUUUUUGUACCAAAAACUUCUGCACUUUAUCUAUAUCUAUGCACAAAUAAUUACGUGUGUAAAAUCAGUGCCUUUUUAAUCCUCUCAGUACUUUUCAGGUAAAGGACAUAAAGGGGCAGCGAGCAUUCGGAGAGGCCUGUAAAGGGACCAACGUAAAAACCAAAGAUGCUCAAAAACACUAAUAUCCUCUUUACAGAUUAAACAACUGGAUAUUUUUUAUGUCCACCUUGGUGACCUGGCAUUGAACGCAAGUCAGCUGGACUGUAUUCAACAAGCAUAUGUAUUUUUUUGUGACAUGAAAAGGAAUUUUAUUAUAGAAGAAAUAGAGAAACUCAUCUAUUGCUGCAAUCUGCAGGAAAAUUUGAUAAGAGACAAAAAGGAACAGAUGCAUCACCUUUUGUACGUGUUUUCUGAGGAAGCUGAUCCCGCUCUGUUUAAUCAGCCAAAUGAAGAUGAGUAUAUAUGACUUUGAACUGGAAGCUCCAGCCCGCUGCCUACAGUAUAUAUGCUAUAAAAGCUGAACUUACUUGUUACAUGAAAGAAAAUCCUGAUCAGGUGAUCGAGCAAAAAGAUUUGUAUCUUUUUUGUACAAAAUUGUAAAGAAAUGAUUAAAAGUAUUACAGUUCUUA